AUGGUAAUGUUGAAGUCUGCUUUUUUAGAAGUCGUCGAUCUAAAUAUGGGUUUAAUCUUCAGUCAAGUGGAGGGAAAUCGGGAGUUGGUAGAACUUAGUAAAAUGGUGGUUUUAGAGCUAUCUAAGCCGGGUGCGAUUGAAAUUAUUGGGGGACGAGAUAGUGGUAAGUCGUGGUUGAUAAGAGAACUCUUUCGGGCCAAUCCACAAAUGAGUCCUGUCUUAGUAGUGACUAAAGGGAAAGUCCCAGAAAUACCUGGAUGUGAAGUACUGACCUGUACGAGUAUGGAGGGAUUACUAGUGAUUUUAAGUGAUUUACAAAUACGCAGUGUUAGAAUUGGGUCCUUUUUAUUGGGGAUUGAUACUUUAGUGACUCUAGUAGUGGCUGCUGGUGGUACCAAAAGGCUUAAGGAAGUUAAUCGGGCUAUCCGUGCCUUGGUUAAAACUGGAGUACGUGUGGUAGUUGUUAACAGUACAAUUUAUCCAGUCGUCCGUACGUCAUCACUUUUCUCCAAGAGUAUUCGAUUGGGUUGA